CGAGCGCGUCGGUAUUGCCGCUGGUUGGCUACGAUGGUUGGAUUCAAACACUCGAGAUGCAGUAGCAGAGUUGGAAGUCCACUUUCAGCGACUGAAAGUCAUCGCGUAUUACUAAGCCAAGCCUUACCAAAAUACGACCACGACAUCAUUGCAUCGCGUUCCCCAAUGUUUCAGGACACAACGACUAGCCAGAAUGAAUGAUUUCUCCGCGGACGACGAAGAAGCUUUACGCCAGUUUCUGCCCACGUCAUUCGGGAAAAAGGACGCAUCAGUAAACAUCGAAGCGCAAAUCGAGCAAUGUCGCAGAAAGAUCAUAAACGAGCAGGACUCGGUUGCGGACUACUCUAGUGGCGGAAACGACUCGGAUGACGACAGCGACUCGGACGACGAAGACGACGAGGAUGAGUUCCCGGUGUCGCAUGAGCUCGUCUUCAAGACACAUGAGCGCGCCGUUACCACCAUUGCUCUGGAUCCCGCUGGUUCGCGCAUGGUGACAGGCUCCAAUGAUUGCACACUCAAGUUGCACGACUUAUCUGCGAUAGUCCCGAAUACAAUACGUGCAUUCAAGACCGUCGACCCAUUCGAGACCAAACCUUCCCAAAACGCCGAAUCUCAUGCUAUACAUCAAGUCCUAUUCAGCCCUCACUCUGGCAGCCAGUUCCUUGCCAUUACCGCCACCCCACAAGCGAGGCUUUUCAGUCGCGAUGGAGACCUGAUUGCCGAGUACAAGAAGGGGGAUAUGUACUUGAGGGAUAAGCACAAUACCAAAGGACAUACUUCUGAAGUGACGAGCGCUGCAUGGCACCCGACCGAGUGGGGGCUUUUCGUUACCGCUGGGACUGACAGUACGGUCCGGAUAUGGGACGCUGAAAAGCACUUGAGCCAGAGAGACGUGAUUGUACAUAAGUCCAGGGCCGCUGGGUCGGCGGGCAUGACGAAGAUGACAGCUGUGGCUUGGGGUUCUGCAGGCGAAAGCGGCAAGAGUAUUAUCGUUGCGGCAGCUCUGGACGGGAGCCUUGUUAUGUGGCCUGGCGAAGGUCCCUAUCACCGACCUGCAGCAGAGGUUCGGGGUGCCCACGCAAAGGACACCUGGACGGGGGGAAUCGACAUUAGCUCUGACGGACGGCUGGUUGUUACUCGAGGUGGUGACGACACAAUCAAGCUAUGGGACGUCAGAAAGUUCAAAACACCGAUUAGUCAAGUUGUACAUCCCUCAACAUCCGCCCGUUACCCCACCAGCAACAUCCGCUUCGCUCCCGAUAUGCGGAGCGUCAUUACAGGCUCCGAGACAGGCCACCUCCAUAUACUCAACCCCGCUACGCUACGGCCAGAGCUCGUAACUCCGGUUACGCCUGGUUCUGCGCUCAUCACUGUAUACUGGCAUCCAAGAUUGAAUCAAAUAUUCACAGGUUCUGCGAACGGUCAAACUACCAUUCUGUUCAACCCGAAGCUAUCCAGCAAUGGUGCCCUUACCAUCUUAAGGAAGGCUCCCAAGAAGAGGCAUCUUGAUGAUGACAGCACCCUAACUACCGACCUGGACCCUCUUGGCCUUGCUGGCGACGCAAUUGAAGGCGGUCGAGCCCAACACGCUUCGUAUGCAUCUCGUCAUCCCACAAUCGGCCUCACAGCUUCUGGAAAGUCGAGAGAUCCGCGCAGACCUCAUGUUCCGGCACCAACGCCGUUUGCAAUGUCAACUCCUGAUGAGAGACAUGUGCGCGAGAGCAUCCCCCUUAGCGCCAUGCUUGAGGAGGAUCCUCGCGAGGCUCUCCUGAAGUAUGCCCCUAAAGAGGGGGAGAAGAAGUUAUUUACGGGUGUUUAUGAUCAGAACCAGCCGAAACCCAUCUUUAAGGAAUAUGAGAGUGAUGAAGAUGAGCCUGAUGCCAAAAGAGCGAAACGUUAAUAACGGAGCUGGUGAGGCUGUGGAGCUUUUCAUAUGAUCAUGCAUUGUCGGCGUCGGAAAAUGGUUAGAUUCAAUUAUACCCACCUUUACUGUACAUAUCAAUUGAUACCCACUUCGAAU